AUGGCAGGGGCCGUGCACAUAGGCUCCGCUGGGAGGGCCGAGGAUUACCAGGGCCAGGGCCUGUCCGCGUAUGUGGUCUUGGUCUGCAUCGUGGCCUCCCUGGGCGGCUUCCUGACAGGCUACGACCUUGGCGUCACCGGGGGGACGGAAGCCAACCCGAACUUCCUGCAAAAGUUCUUUCCCUCGGUGUACGAGGAGAAGCAGAGCUCCGAAAUCAGCAACCCGUACUGCAGGUUCAACGACCAGAUGCUGCAGCUCUUCACCUCCUCCAUCUACCUGUCCGCCGGCCUCGCCUGCCUGCUGAGCGGCCACCUGACGCGCACCCGCGGCCGCAAGCUGGGUGUCUUCCUGGGCGGCCUCUGCUUCAUGCUGGGAUCCAUACUCAACUGCGUGGCGGAGAACCUGGCCACGCUCAUCUGCGGGCGCCUCAUCAUGGGCCUGGGCAUAGGGUUUGCCAGCCAGGCCAUCCCCAUCUACCUGACAGAGGUGGCCCCCGCGCGGCUGCGUGGCGGCGUCACCGUGAUGAAUGCGCUGGCCAUGGUGCUGGGCAUUCUCGUGGCCCAGCUCAUGAACUACGCUCUGCGCGACUGGCCGGAGAGCUGGCGCCUGACCCUGGGCCUGCCUGCGGGGCCCGCCCUCGUCAUCUGCCUCACCAUUCCUUUCCUCCCCGAGUCACCCAACUCACUCAUACAGAGGGACCGGCGGGAGCAGGGGAGGAAAGUGCUGGAGAAGAUCCGCGGCGGCGGCGACGUGAGCGCUGAGUACGAGGACUUGUGUGAGGCGGCUGACAAUGCCACCAAGAUCACGUACAUGCAGUCUUGGACGUUGCUGGGAAAGCGGCAGUACAGGCCGGCGCUCGUGCUGGGCAGCGCCAUGCCUUUCUUCCAGGCGAUGACUGGCUACGCUGCGGUAAUAGUUUUUGUGCCUAUCUUCUUUACGACGCUGGGAGAUACACACGAGGAGGCACUUCAGAAGGCCCUCAUCAUCUCCGGGGUCAAGAUCGCCAUGACCCUGCUCUCCAUGGUACUCGUGGACCGCCUGGGGCGGCGCGUGCUACUGCUGGAGGGAAGCAUCCAGAGCGCCGCCUCGCUGAUGGCGACGGCGGGCGUGGUGGGCUGGGCGUUCAACACAUAUGGGGAGGACCUCCCCGAUUCCGUGGGCAUAGCCGUGCUCAUCACCAUCUGCUUCUACGUGGGAGGCUACUCCACGUCCUGGGGCAGCCUGGCGUGGCUGGUGGCGGCGGAGGUGGUGCCUCUAGAGACGCGCGCAGCGGGCUUCUCCCUCGGAAUUGCCAUCUAUUAUGUCGUCACCUUUGUGCUGAGCCAGACGUUUCUGUCCAUGCUCUGCGCACUGGAGUGGGGCAUAUUUGUGUUUUAUGGAGGCUGGAUCAUUGCCAUGUCGGCGUUUGUUGUGCUGCUGCUGCCGGAGACGAGGGGGGUGCCAAUCGAGGAGAUGUAUGUUGUGUGGGCCAAGCAUUGGUUCUGGAAGCGGGUAGUGGGCGAGGCGGGCCAGCAGAUGCUUCAGCUGGAGCGCCAGCGCACAGCCACCCGCGCGCUGUCGCGGCAGGAGCGCGGCGCAGGAGCCGAGGCGGCCCCCGAGGCUGCAGGCGGCCACGGUGCGCUGGGGCCCAACAGGCCUGCCUGA